UGAGAACAUCACUGGUUUGGCUCAGAGGAGGUUUUGUUCUAGAAUGACCGCGUGUGUUUGCAGUGUAAACAGCACGUUAGCGAGAAAUGUCAUUGAAUGUUCGUUAUAUUGGGAAUCUAUAUAUCUACCAAGAUUAAAUAAAUUAGUGCACCGUUUGGAUUAAGCACUUGUUCAACAUGAUGAGCAUGUGCCGUUGGUGCACGUCAUUGGGUGACGAUGUUGCAAAACUGCUCCAGAGGUACUGUGCUGUGUCUUGGUUAGCAGAGGAUGAGGAGGCAGUCAACGAGAAGGCGGCACUCAACGAUGACCUCGAUAAGUGCCUGGAGUGUGUGGUAGCGUACCAUCGGGCGAAGGAGGAGUUACCUGGACUGCACCGGAGGCUAUGGGAGUUGGAGACGUCCAGGCUCCUGGACUUGUUUUCACAUGCAGCAAAAGACGCACAGCCGGCAAAGGACCUCAGCUAUGUAGAAGAGGACGGCCGGGAAAUCGGAGUGUCAAACAUCAGCCCCGCAGUGUACGAGGACCGUCUUGGGGUUCCCCUGUCAGAGGUCCUCAAAUACCCCUACCUGCUGGCAUCCCCUCAAUUGAGUGAAAUGUGUGUUGAGGCAAUUUGUAAGAUGGAGGAAUAUAACUCCUUCCGGGUGUGUUCUAAAGAUCCAGGGAUCUACCUCCUCCUCGUCCACCCCAACGAGACGGUUAGGCGGUGGGCAAUUGGUGCUGCAAGGUCUUUAGGUAAGGUGGACCGAGACGACUUUUAUGACCUUCAGGACAUCUUCACCUGCAUGUUCUACAUUGUCGAGCUGAGAAUCCCCCAGAACUUCCCAGACAUGGAUACGUCCUAUGAUCCGACGACUAAGAUGACAUUGCUGCAACCGCAUCUUUACGAUUCCAAAAAUGCAAAAAACUACUGGUUGGGUAUCUGUAUGCUUCUGACACAGCUGGAUGCCCAGGCUAUGGACUCCCUGUUCCUGGGGCCAGACAAACAGGCCAACAUACUGCUCUGUAUCCUUAAUGCCUUGAAGGAUGAAGAACCAUCCAACGAGAUGGAUCCCUUUUGGCCAGUCUUGCAAUGUUUUAUGGUGAUCUUGGAUUGUUUGGGCUCCAGGUUUUGGGGUCAGAUUGAGCCAUCCCAAGCCUUCCAGGCCAUCACACAAAGCCCUAGCUACUCUGGAGAGCUCGAAAGCAUCAGACAACAAACCAUGAUAUCACGGGUUAAAACAGAAACUACAUAUGAUGAUGACAUGGUGACCUGCAGUCAGAUGGUAUAUGACAGUAACACCAAAGUGAGCAAGGGAAGCAGACGCUCACGUGGUGUGGAUAGCAAUGUGGUCUAUGAGGAUAUGAGUUCUCUGGUCAACCUCCUGCAUUCAGACGUUGGACAGGCAUUGCGUGUGCACGACAGCACAUUUCUCUGGUUCAUCCCCUUUGUAAAAUCUGUUAUGGACCUUGACGAACACAGCGUCCUAUACAUUACUGAGGUUGUCCACUACCUAUGUGGGGAGAUCAGCACAGACCUCCCGAAGCCCCAGGUUCGCAUAUGUGACAAGGUCACAGAGUUCUUCACUCUUAUUCUGGUCCAUAUCAUCGAAUUGCACCUGGGGAGUGGCCGCAUGAAUAUGCUCUAUUACUGCGCUCCCAAGUGGGUGGGCGUGUUAGUGAAAUGUGCCACCCUGCCUGGUGACGCUUUCGUCCAUACCUCGGAAGGUCCAGUUUCUCACUCUGUGUCUUCCACAUCCUCCUUGAGGGUCAGUGUGCCCCGAAAGGCCUCUACUAGCAGGGCUGUUCCACAGGCAUGCAUGCAUAUCAUCCGGUCCCUGCUGAAGGAAGGGACCAGGUUGAGCCCCAACAGCAAGUGCCACCACUUCCUGAACCUUCUGAACAAGCACCUCAGAGAUGGGCAACAGAGGGAGUGGAAGCUGAUUAGGCCAGAGAUUCAGGAGCUUCAGAUCUGUUUGAAGGACUAUGUCAAGAUGAUGAUGAACAGGCCAACCAUAAGUACUUCUCCACCUGAACCGCUGGACAUUGAGGCAGGGCCUGUGGCACCAACCACACCACCACUUCACUCAAGCAAUGACCCCUCGGGACCUAGCAGCUUAGCUGAAUUUAACCCUCCUAUAAAACUUGAAGGGUUGUGGGAUGAUGUCGAAGGCAGUACAUCUGGUGGUGGGGAUUUUUCUGGAGUUCAGAGGGGGUGGGACAUAAACAAACCGUUGGUGAAAAAGGAGCCCCUAACGCCUGAAGAGGAGUUUGUAGAGCCGACUAAUGAUUCUAGACCAACCCAAGACAACUUAACUUCCUUGAGGGCAGAUCCAGAGAAAAUACAGGUGAUCAAAUCCAGACUCGGCCAGCUUAUGACCAAGAAGUCCAAGUCUGAGAGAGCGAGGCCCUCUGUAGGGCUCAGUGAAUUCGGUAAAGAGAAACCUGAAAAUCUGCUCACCAGCCGUAGAGAGGAGGCAUCCAACCUCCAAGGCAUUAGCAGACACCCUCCAUGCCUCCAAGAAUCCAUGGACAAUGUGCCUCUCUCUGUUUUAAAAAGUAAUCUUAAAGGGAAAGGAGGCUCCAAAUCCUUACGAGAUCGGAGUAAAGGAAACUCGAGACAAUUUGACCGACCACAAUCCCCACCAAAGUCAACUUCAGAUGUAAUUGUUAUAUCUGAUGAUGAGGCUACAUUAGAUGUUGGUAGAGCAAGAAGGCCUGAGUGUUUGUCUGAGACCUCCCAAAUAAAAAAUGAACCAGAUGCCUCUGACCAGAAUCCUAGUCCCUGGCGUGAUUACGAUGGAGACAUGAGUGAAUCUCAGGUGUUUGAAUUUGAAACACAGGAAGAUAUGGUGUCUGCCUGGUCCAACGGAGAUUCGGAAAGUAACAUGCCACCCGAAAAGCCCAAAGACGAUAGCCCUGUCAGUCCAACUUCAAGAGAGCCUUUAUCAAGCUGGGAAUGUGAUACACAACCGAUCUAUGACGAGGAUAUCGAAAGAGCCUGUCAGCAGGUUGAGAAGGAGCUUGAGAAGCCUAAGACCCCACCUCAAGGGCUCAAACGGGCCAUUGUUGUCAAAAAAAGAAAUCUUCUUGUUGAUGCAAAACCAUUGGCUACCAAAUGCCUGAGCAAGAAACCUACCGUGGUAGAAAAACGAAUCAAAGAGCCUGUGAAGGAUGCUCCCCAUGCAGUCACACCGCCAUUGAGAAAAAGCAGUUCAACGGUACAUUCAAACAGACUGGAAACUGAGACACGCUCUUCCUUAACCACAUCAGCUAUCUCACACAAAACGUCAUUAACUCCAGCCAUUGUCCCUCCUAAAAAAGUCAGAAAAGCCCCAGAGCCUGUGUCCACAGCUGAGAAGCUUGGCCUUAAGAAGAAGGUGCGAAAGGCUUUUGAUCUUUCCCAGGGAUCACGUGAUUCUGUUGGUGAUCUGAGGCACCACGGCGCUACUGUCAAUGUCCCACAGGCCAAGAAGCCGACCCGACAGACCAAGAGGUCGAAGGUGACCUUCCCUCAGAAGAGAGUGGUCAAAGGGAGUAACAAUAAGCUGUUCCAGUUCUUCAGGCAGAGCAAGCAGGCAUUGGGAGCCGGAAUCUCUGAAAAGGCAGAGCCAAUGAAGAGAAAUCCGAAAAAGAUAGAUGAAAUUCAAACUCCCAGUUUUGCUACAGAGGAGGACGAUGAAGACGAGGACCUGCAGUGUUCCCAGCAAGAUCCUGCCAGUCAUGAGGAACAGCUGACGUUCAAUCGCAGCUCUCAAAGAGCCAAUGAGGACAAACCAGCAUCCUCUAAUACAGUGAGUAGUGUGUUGUCUAACAUGGACAGGCAGAUCUCUCCAUACUUUCAAAGGAAUGAUGUCACACCUAGACCUUCUGGUCAAGUCCCCAAAAGCAAUGAAGGUGAAGGUGAAGAUGAUGAUGAUGAUGAUGAUGCAGACUGGAUGCACCUCACCCAAAUGGAGCCAACUGAAAUGGAGAUGUGCACGCAGUUGGAGGAGGAAGAAGAUUUCUUCUACACACAGCGGGACCCUGUAGACAUGGACAUUGACGCAGACAGCCAGAGGCCCUUUGAGGAUAAAGGAGGGUCUUCAGACUUGACAUGGUUUAAACAGGCAGACGAAGGGCAAGAGGCUCCACUUGCCACACAGACUUUUAAGAAACCGGCUACUCCGCCACCCUCACGCUCUAACUUGACUCAGGAUGAUGAGCGCUUGUUCCUGAAACCAGGAAUGUCUCCUAUGUCAGUUAAAAAGGCCAAGCCGUCCACCACCAAGAUCUAUGCAACCUCAAGCUCCAGGAGUGCCUCCUUGGUGCAAGAGAUGGAGAGGACUGCCAAUGCUCCAUUUUCGGCUUCUUCUGCACCUGCUGGAAGAGGUAGGCCUGCCCGGCCAGUUGUGCCUGCCCGGCCAGUUGUGCCAGGCCUGCCAGUCGUGCAUGCACAAAGUCCCUGUGUACGACAACUUCCUCCUCAUCGAGAGGUUGGUCAGUCUCUUCCACUGAAUCGACUCUUAUACAAACCCAUCGCACCACCACCACCACCUAAACCAAUUCCACCAAAACAACCACCACCCAGACCUGAACAAAACCUCCCCCGUCCACCUUGCCUGCCCCUCCGCCCUGUCCAGCACAGCAACACAUGUUCCACCCCCCAGCCCUCCACCUCCAGGCAUGACGCCCCUUUCCGAAGUCAGAUACCCAACCCAGAGGUUGGCUUCAGAUUUGACACCAACUUCCUAGUUCAACACAUCCUGAAAUGGACCUUUGAUAUGUUCAGUAACUACAAGCAGUUUGGUAUACCCUCUGAGGUAUGUGAGUUACCACUGAAGGAAGUAGGAUCCAGCUUCAGCUCUUAUGAUGAAUACUACAAGACCUUUUACCCCCUGCUUCUCACCAACACUUUUGAGGAGCUUGCAGGUGAAUGGCUAAAGAACAAGGAAUCAGGAAAGGUGGUAACUCAGAAUUUAAAAGUUGUCGCACAUGAGUACAGCCACAGUGUUUGGAAUGUCAGCUUUACAGCGAGCAUUACUGCCAGUGAUGACUUCCGUCAGAUGUUCCCACGGGAGGAGGACCUGGUCAUUCUGUGGCUGCCCCAGAAUAGAGGUGCUUACACUUGGCAUGAGCAGGACCUCUUGGAUCCCCAAGAACAAUUUGGAUAUGUGCAGAGAUCCAAUGUCUGCAACGGAGGCGUGGGCCAGUGCCCAACUCUGAACCUGAUGAUAAAGACCCUGGGGAAUGUGAGGUUGGUGAACAAGCAGGCAGUGCGCUGUGAUGUGGUGGGCUCCCUGGUCAGCACCAUGAGGGAGUUCAGGGCAAUCUGUCUGCUCAAUAGCAGCUCUAUGCGCAAGCCUCUCCUGGCCCCACAUGUCUCCUACUUCCAACCUGGCCCGGAGGUCAUCCCCAGCCUCAACCUGCCUGAUUACAACCUAGACCAGGUGAGGGCGGUGAGAACCGGUUUGUCCGUCAUCAGGAACCAGCAACUCACCCCAAAAAUCUGCCUGAUACACGGACCCCCAGGAACGGGAAAGAGCAAAACCAUCGUGGGUAUGCUGCAAAAGCUGUUCUCUGAGGGAGUACAGAGCAUGACUCCUCCAGUAAACAGGCAUUCUGAACCCCGCCGCAUGAGGGUCCUCCUGUGUGCCCCGUCCAACGCCGCCAUCGACAACCUGAUGAAGAAGAUUAUCCCAGUCUUCAAGGAGAAGUGCAGGAACAUCCAGGGUAACUGUGGGGACAUCAAUCUGGUGAGGCUUGGGAACGAAAGGACAAUCUCCAAGAAUUUAAAACCUUUUAGCCUGGACAGUCAGGUGAAAAACAAAACACAAAGGGCCCAGAUGUCACAGGACUCAGACAUCCACCGGCGCAGAGCGCAGCUGGACGAGAACAUAGACAAGAUCUCCAAGAUAUUGCCAAAACUGCAAAAGAAAGAGGAAAUGUACCAUGAGCUGGCAGCACAGAAGUCCAGAAUGCUCCAAGAGAGAGAGACACUCAGCCUCCAACUCAAAAAAUCUCGCAUUAGGAAGCAGGAAACCCAGGCCCAGGUACUGCAAGAUGCCCAUGUGGUCUGCUGCACCUUGAGCACCAGCGGCAGCACCGUCCUGGAGUCGGCGUUCCGGCGCCUGGGACACAAGCCCUUUAGCUGCGUCAUCGUGGACGAGGCAGGGCAGGCCACCGAGACGGAGACUCUCAUCCCUUUGCUCUACCAUUGCAACGCCCUCAUCCUGGUGGGAGACCCCCAUCAACUGCCCCCUACGGUUAUCUCCCAGAAAGCGAAGGAGUUGAAGUACGGCCAGUCCCUGAUGGCUCGGCUGGUGAAGAACCUGGAUCGCUACUGUAAGGAGAACAAGAAGCCCAGCCCUGUGGUCUUCCUUAGCUGCCAGUACCGCAUGCACCCCGAAAUCUGCGAGUUCCCCUCCAAGCACAUCUACUGCAAGGCCCUUAAAACUGACAUUGAGACUGCAGAGAGGAGGGGGAACUUUGGCUGGCCUCUCCUGCCCUACCGUGUGUUUGACGUGACCGACGGUCAGGAGGUCAAGGAGGGAGCGUCGUUCAGCAACCAGAAAGAGGUGCAGCUGGUAGUGUUCCUGCUGAGGCUGAUGGCUGAGAAGCAGCAGGUCAAGGUGGGGGUCAUCACGCCAUACAAUGCCCAGAAGGACCGCAUCAACCGCGAGAUGGCCAAGGUGGUCAACAAGAACCUCACGGUGGACGUUGACACUGUGGAAGGCUUCCAGGGCCGAGAGAUGGACUGUGUCAUUGUCUCCUGCGUCAGGGCGAGCCACGAGCAGGGCGGCAUUGGAUUCCUGGGGAAUCGCCAGAGGUUGAAUGUGACCAUCACCCGGGCCAAGUUUAGCCUGUUCAUUCUGGGCCAUCUACGGACACUCCAGGAAAACCAAGACUGGGGUGCGCUCAUCAAGGAUGCUGCGACACGAGACGUCAUUAUAUCAACGAAUGAGAUGACCUUCAAGACGGACGCCAGGAAGAUCUUCAAAAAGGAGCUGACCAGGAGCUCGUCUUACCCCCUCAGAGAACCAGGCCCUCCCUCUGCUGCCCCCUGUCCCACCGCCGAUCCCCCCAGGCCUGCUCCCUUCCAGCUACGCCGCUCUUCUGAGCCAGCCCUGUUCGCCCAGGGCAGGGACUCCCCCCAGCAGCCCUGGUCGGCAUCCCCUCCCCAGGACGCUGACAGGCCCAGAGACCCCCGUCUGGUAGUCCAGACACCCCAGCAUAGACCAGACUGGAAUCCGCGAGCUGAAAGAAUCAGGCUCCCACAAGCAGAGAUCAGAAGAGACCCACGAGCUGAGAGGGAUCCACGAGGAUGCAACAGCCCAGAACAGCGUCACCCAACUGGCUACCAAAACCAGAGAUGGGCUGUCAGGGAGAGGGACAGAGAGCAACACCGUUCACCAAUCACCGCGCCAUACCCAGGAGAUGGAGUCAACAGACCACCGAGAGACCCCAGUCAGAGAGACUAUAAUCGCUACAGUGCUACAGCCUUCAACCACCACACACACACUCACCCCCGGAAACGAGACCCAGACCCCCGAUGGAUCCCUCCCACCCACUCCAAGAGGGGGAGAGAGAGAACUGACCACUGACUCUCUUUUGGUUUGUUUUUUUAUUGGUGUGCUUUCUGAUAAAUUCAGGGAAUGGGAACGAGAGUGGAAGGGCAAGAGAUUACGCAGAGUAGUUUGGUUGUCGAACAGUCAGUCAAAAACAUCACUGUUCACCAUCUCAAGCAGUAAUAUGAUGCUGUUGUAUCAUUUACAAGUCAGUUAAUUUUAUUUCUGUAAUAAAUGUAAUUGUUUUUGUAAUAAGCUGUUUAAUGACUGUUAUGGCUGGAGUAUGUGGGUUGGCCACUGGCCUCCCUGUAAAAAACUGCCCUUUGUUUGGACAGUGGGGGCGGGGCCUUUUGAAAGGGCACUUGUACUAUAACACUGGUACUUGUGUGUUUCCAGUUUAUUACUGAGAGAUGUAACCAGGGUAAUGCACUGUGCCUGUGACUUUUAUUCAUUUUCUUUUUUUGGUUCACAAUUUUAUAAUUUCCUAAUCUCAUUUUCUUACGUGCUCUGCAUUUGUAUAGAAAUGUUCUGGACUUCAUAAAAGCGCAAAGACUAAUGUCGCUGGUACUCAAUGUUUGAUACCUGGUUAUUUAUUAGUAGUAUAGCCCACUUAACAGAAUGGCUGUUACAUUACAAUUUUAAGUACACACUAUUUCCGCUUAUAGCAUAUAUUAAGUUCAAAAGUAUAUCUCGUCAGCCAUAGUUAUUUGACUAUAGGCAAUUAUUUUAGUUUUAUUUUGCUUUUAAAGUGGCGUCCUUGUUUAGCACCAGGAUGCUGAUUAACUGAGGCAAUUGGAAUGGGCCUGGUUGUUACAUUAAGCAUGUUUCUAGAAUUUGUAACAUGGACCCAUACGUAGUGUAAGUGAACGCUGUAGCUGGAGAAUGUGGGACAGGUGUUGUAUUUCUAAAUAGGGAGACAUGUUGUACAGUAGUUAAAUGCCAUUUUAUGCCCCGGAGAAGCUUUGACAUCUCUGGUCACUUUCUUCUGCUGGUUUGUCUGUACGGUAUUGGAUGCACUUUUAUUUGUUGUAUCACACUGUGCAUUUACACAAGCUCGUUUUCACACACACACAACUCUAUCAACAAAACUCAUUUUAGGUUACCUUUCUUGUCGACAGAGACAAGGUUAUGUAUUAUUCACCGCUGUUGGACUUGAGGCCAGCUACCUCAAAUGUUGGAACCAAAGACUUCCUGUGACUCUCAGCAACUGCAGUGAAGUAUACAUGGCUUUAUUCCUUCUGCGUGUCACCUGUCACGAUACUGUCCAGUGUUUAGAAGGUAAUGGUUCAAAUCAUUUCUUCUUAAUUUCAAUGCAAUAUAGUUUCUGGGAGAAAUAGUUUUUCUAAGACCUGUGCCCCAAAAGAACCACAGUGCCAGUUUAAACCAAAUCAAGUAUGUAGAUCUUUUUUAAGUUGAUAAAUGAAUCAUCUUAUUUGAAAUUGAACAAUUGUUUACAUUUAAUUUUAAUCUGCAAAAUUAUUUUAUUUGUUUGCAAUUGGUGCUUGUUCACCUGGGGCAUGUUCAACCGGACUCAUUGUUUUGGAACGUUCAGAAAGAAACAUGCUAUGUAGAACAAACAUGCAUCUCUGACAUGCAGAAUAAGGAGUCGCGUCGGCUCUACUUGUGGAAUCUCUAUCUGCAUCUUUUGAGAAUGUUUUCGUACUGAAUAUGGCCUUGUAUAUUAUUGUUCACCAAACCAAUCAGCUGAUUCCGUCUCAAGUGUUAGGGAAACUAAAUUGACCAUGGUUAACAUUGUAUGCUUUGUUUUUCUGAACCACUGCUAAAAUAGUGGUCAAAUAAAAAUGUGCAUUUUGUUAUAGGCAUCUUUCACUUUACAGAGGUAGAUGGUACACUAACAUUAUUAGUUGGGCCUUGUGUGUGUCUCGCACACACAACUCUCAUCAUACCACAAUCCUUUCACCAGUUCUGAUCGGCAUAGGUACAACUUUCCUCUAAGGCCAUAGUUUCCAUUCUCCUAAUGCUUGAGUGUAGGACUGUGUGGUAGGGGAAUCUGGUCCUAGAUCAGUGCGGUUCAGCCAGGACAACUCCCACGCUGGUCUCUGAUCUGUGCCCCAUCUCCCAGAGGAUGUCCCCCACACGUCUCAGUUCAUCCCACUGCCCUUCAUGUUAACAAUACAGACUUCUUCUGAAGCGGAGCCCAGAAUAGAGAUGCCUUACAGACAGACUAGAACAGGAUUUUAUUUUACCACCGCCUGAAUGUCUUAUUGCAUGCUGACACCCACCCACUUUUUUUUUUUUUUUUUUUUUUUUCAUUCCUCCCAGUUGUUCGUGGUGCUUUUGUCUAAAUGUGUUCAUCCUGUUACGGCGUGAGUGCAUUUCACCUGUAGUUCUCUUGUUUACAUCCAAUGUCACCGACUCCACUAACACGGGGAACUACUUUCUCAAUGAAGUGUUUAUUUUUUAAUAAAAUUCUACUCCAAAUAAAGGAUGCCACACAGUA